AUUUAAUUUGGAAAGUAUAACGAAAUGCAAUUACUCCAUUUAUUAUUGGUAUUUAAUUGUUAAAGUUGUCUAUUCGUGUUAAUAUUGAAUUGAAGUUUAUGUUAUUGUGUGAUUAUUAUUUAAUUAUGUGGUGUCAGUCUUACAAAUGUUCCAUCGCUAUCAAAUAUGUAAAACGUACUAACAUUACUUUCAAAAUUAAUUCAAAAACCGAAUUUUGAUGUUUUAAAACGCUCAAGGUUAAGCUCUAUUUGUAUUAAAAUGACAUUUAAUUAUAUUAUAAUAUCAUGAUGUUCGAGGAUAGCUUAAUAUGGUUUGUGUCCGGUGGACUAUUGUUUACUACCAUUAUACUGAUUGUUGCUUGUAUUUGUGGAUGUCACAAGUCAAUACCAAAAAAUGAGUUGCUUGGUCUUGCUGGCAUGGUAAAAAUUACCAAUCCUGACGUUGGACCAGAACCAGUGAACAAGAACUUAUCAACUAGUCCAUCCCCAACAAAUAGUACCAAAAGAAGUUCAGCUGGUGCAACUUUAUCUUCAGCCACUAGAAGUCUUCCUGAUUUACCUGUUGAAACACCUAGAGGUUCAGAUGCUGUUGCUACUGCUGUUUGGUAUGGCGGUGAUACCAACUCCGAGCUAUAUGCUACUGUUGAAGAAAAUAAAAAUGGCAUCAAAGGAGAUUCUUCAAAAUAUCUCAAUAAUACAAUGUCCCCUUCUAGCGGCACUACAGCAUCCAAAAGUGAAUGUGUCUAUGCCUGUGUGAACAAAGAAAACCCAUAUGACAAAUUACAACAAGAACAUCCCUAUGCUAAAGUCGGUAUGCAUAAUACAACUAAUCAGUAUCCUGGUUCCCAAAGAUCAGACAAAGCCAGUUUGAAUGGGUCAAUAGAAUUGGAUGUAACUGACAGGGCUCCCGAUCAAGAUAUAGCAGCAGCUAGUGUGAUUGCAGGUGAUGAAGCUGCUAGUAUUAACAUUCCUUACAUGACUCCACCAGUAGGACCUAUAGAACAUCCAUUAAAUGUGCAACCAAGGCAGGGACAUUACAGUGGCGAUUCACAUGAUUCUAGUAAAGGAUACACAAGUAUCAGUGUUCGAGAACCAUUAUCAAGGAUCAUGUCCAAUGUUAGGAAUGGCAGUAUACCAUCAGAUCCUCAUUAUGCUUUUGUCUCGGAUGAUUCUGAUGAAAUGUAUGCAGCUAUUAUUGACCCAAGUAAUAAUGUAUAUACUAGUGGAAGUGAAACAUAUGCUCAGAUACCAAGUGCAAAUAAUAUACCAGUUGCUUUAACAGGUCAAGCAUAUAAAGCUUCUACAUCACACAUUAGUGGAUCUGAACAAACACAUUCCAGACAGGAUUCAUCAUCUAGUGCUGUGAGUUCUAAUUCACCCAAGCCUGAAAAACGACCAGCCAAUUCACCUCUACCUAAACCUCCAGAAUACUUGGAUGAAAUGUAUGCUAAAGUUAUGAAAAAACGCAAUGAUUCGCCCGAACAAGGAUCUUCUAUUGUGCCUUCUAUAUACAAUGAAGGUAUUUAUGACAGAUUAGUAGAACCUAAAAAGACAUCGGAUGUUGAUCCUAAUUACGAAGAGUUACGACCUACUAAUCAUGGUUAUGCUCGGAUAAAAAAAAUUGACAAACCAUCUGAACCAGACUAUGCAAGCUUGACUAGGACUAUGAAUGUUGAAUAUGUUGAAAAUGAUCCAAAUUAUGAAAGUUUAAAAAUGGACUUAAACGAAAUUAAUCACAAUUCAAUUUAUUCAGAAGUGAACAAAAGAUAGUUUUUAGACAAACAGCAAUUUAGUUUUAUAAGUAAAUCUAGCAUGAGUUCUUUAUUUCUUUUCUAUUUUUAUGUUAAAUUUGUA